CAAGUGCACUCCUCAAUCCCUCGUUGUGCAACUCUGGCAAUGGCCAGUGAAAGUGAUAAAAAGGUGCCUGUGAGUGAGACAAGCUCCGGGCGUAGCAGGUGGCUUGACGGUACAAAUGUGAAAGCGGGCACGCAGGAAGAACCUUCUGAGGUGCCGGUGAAAGCAAAGCCAAAAGUUCCACCUCAAGGCUUGGCAGCAGAUCCAUGGGAGGGCCAGCAACUUCGAGCCGAACCCCAACUUGAACAAGGUGGCGAAGAUCCAUGGGCGAAGUACCACAAUGCCAAGCCGCAAUCGACUGAGGCAGAGUGGCCGUCGUCAACUUGCCGUCGAGGAUUCUCGGAUGAUGGCGAGAGGAGGUCUGUUCGGGAUCCGCGGGAUCCCAAUGACAUCCCUGUGAUUUUCGGCCCGCGAAGCCCCUUUCGACGACCUCGUGGCUUAUUUGAUGUGGAUGAGAGGAUAUCUCAUUGUAUGGCGAGAUUUCUGCGCUAUCGCUCCGCAUAUUUGGGCAAGGAUGAUGACGGCUUUGUGGAGCUGCCAUCGCUCCUAGAGGAAGUGGCAGGAGACCUGCCAGGCACCACUGCAGAAGACCUGCAUCGUGUUGCCCUAAGCAGCGCCAGCAGGUUGGGCAGGCGAUUUGACACGCGAGAAAUCCAGUCAGCAGAUGGCAAGGUGCUCACUUUGGUUCGAGCAGCUUAUCGACAUAUGGACGAUGCGCCGUUUUCAAGAGGAGGACGUCGCAGGGACAUGUUCAGGCAACCUGCUGGGUCUUGGUUGAGCCCAACUGCACAGGAGGUCAAGCGAGACAGGGGACACUUCGUCAUGUCAUCGCCCAGAGAGAGAAAGGAGGACAGAGACAUCCACUAUGAGAUUGAAGAUCAGUUUGCAGCACUGCAAGCAGAUUCGCCCUAUGCUGAUGUCGCGAAGGCACACGCGAGUAAGUCAGAUGCGUCUGCAUCCACAGAAGCUACCUCGUCAUCACAAGAGGAGGUUUGGGAACGUUUUCUUGAGCCGGUGACGUUGAGACCUUGGUUCUGGAACCCCAAGACCGAGGAGGUUCUUUACCCUGACGAGCUGGAAGAUGGCUGGCAGAUGUUCUUCACAGAAGAAGGCCAGAGGUGGUUCUGGCAAGAGGCCACUGGCCGAUACUUUUUUGAGGAAUUGUCGACCGAGGAGUGAGCCUUUAGCAAACUGCAUAACAGCAGUAGACACGGUGCAACAGCAAAACUGUUCCAGCUUUGGUAGGUUGGACACCCUUCCAGCCAGACCAACCGAGAUGUCAAGAUUUCCUUCUUUGCUAUUUGAGAGUGUCAAAUGACACAAGAUGAUGUUCGU